AUGCCGGAGUCAUGGACAAUAGCGGACGCGUGGUCGCUCGGCUGCGUCAUGUCGGAGCUCCUCACCGGCAUGCCACCGUCCGCGGGGAAGAUCGAAGCCCACCAGCUCUUCAAGAUCUUCGACGUGCUCGGCGUGCCGUGCAAGAGGGCGUGGCAGGCCAUGAAGCCCCAGGCCUACGACGAUGAGGUGCUGGUGUGGCGGGCUCGGCAGCUGCGAGCGCGGCACCGCAACCGGCUGCUCGAGAUGUUCCCGGAGGAGAUGCUGUCAAGGGACGGAUUCCAGGUGCUCAAAGGGCUCUUGACGUGUGACCCCGAGAAGCGGCUGACGGCGACCGCCGCGCUCCGGUGCCCAUGGUUCAACGAGGACGACUACGGUGCUCCUGUCUCGGAGACGGAGAGGACCAAGAUCGCCGCCAUGGCCAGCAAGUUGAGCUCACUGGCCAUAUCUUACGUUGGAUCCGCGCUAGGUUUACUAAGGCCUAAGUCAUUGGUCCGAUGA